GAGAAACAUUUGUCUAUUUUCAAGGGUUACCAGGGUUGUCUUUGGAGCUUUGAUUUUAGCAAUGGCAGAAACAAUCUGGAAGCCUUUGUGGACUUUGUUACUGGUGCUGAGUUAUACUGUGCAUGGUGAUGCAGGAAGUGUUUACAGACAUGGUUGCACAAACGAUGGUGCUCAGGAUGGGACCACUGAAAUGACUCCUGCUCAGGCAAGCUCUGAAUCUGGAUUUGGGCCUAGACAAGAACCUUAUUUUCAGGAAACCCAGGACUCCUCAGAAACUGAGGCCUUUGAUUCUAGUGUGACUGAUGUGGGCUCAAGUGACUCAAGGGCAUUCAGCUUUCAGGAAUCUACCUACACCUCAAGCUUUCAGCCAUUAACUAGGGUUCCUAAGCCUGCCCUAAGCACCUCCUUAGAACAAGCCUCAGACCAGUCUGUCCAGACAGCAUACCAGCAGGCAGCUUCAGCCCAGCCUGUGCAGGGUAGUUCUCCAUCCAGCUUUGUUUCUCAAAAUGUUGGCUUUGAUUCUAGUGCAGCAACAGGAACAGGCUCAAGGGUGUCUUUCUUCACUUCAAGCUUUAAGCCGUCUGCUAGCACUGCAAAGCCAGUCCAAAGCACCUACCAGCAGGUUGCUUCAGCCCAGCCUGUCCCAAGCACCUACCAGCAAAGAGUGUCAGAGCAGCCUGUCCAAGCUGCUUCCCAGAGAGUAUCUUCAGCUCAACCUGUACAGAGCAGCUAUCAGUCUGGCCUUUUUUCCCCAAGUGUUGGCUUUGGUGCUAGUGCUGUGGGAACAGGACAAAGUGGUUCGAGGCUGUUCAGCUCUCGGGAUGUUUCCUAUACCUCAAGCUACAAGCCCUCUGUUAGCACUCAAAGACCUGCUCAAAGCACCUACCAGCAGGGAGUUUCAUAUCGGCCUGUGCAGAGCAGUUUGCCAUCCAGCUUUGUUUCCCAAAAUGUUGGCUUUGAUUCUAGUGCAGAGGGAACAAGUGGCUCUAGGGCAUACAGCUUUCAGGAAUCUAGCUAUACCUCAAGCUUUCAGCCGUUGACUAGUGGUUACAAGCCUGCACUAAGCACGACCUACCAGCAGGCGGCCUCAGCCCAGCCUGUCCCGAGCGCCUACCAGCAGGCGGCCUCAGCCCAGCCUGUCCCGAGCGCCUACCAGCAGGCGGCCUCAGCCCAGCCUGUCCCGAGCGCCUACCAGCAGGCGGCCUCAGCCCAGCCUGUCCCGAGCGCCUACCAGCAGGCGGCCUCAGCCCUGCCUGUGCAGAGUAGUUCUCUAUCCAGCUUUGUGUCCCCCAAUGUAGGCUUGGAUUCUGGUGCAACAGGAACUGGAUCAAGUGUCUUGGGGGCAUUUUCAUACACUUCAGAGUUUAGGCCUUCUAUUAGCACUGCAAAACCAGUCCAAAGCAGCUACCAGCAGGCGGCCUCGGCCCAGCCUGUCCCGGGCGCCUACCAGCAGGCGGGCUCGGCCCAGCCUGUCCCGGGCGCCUACCAGCAGGCGGCCUCGGCCCAGCCUGUCCCAAGCACCUACCAGCAACGAGUGUCAGAGCAGCCUGUCCAAGCUGCUUCCCAGAGAGUAUCUUCAGCUCAACCUGUACAGAGCAGCUAUCAGUCUGGCCUUUUUUCCCCAAGUGUUGGCUAUGAUUCUAGUGCAGUGGGAUCAAGUGACUCUAGGGCAUACAGCUUUCAGGAGUCUACCUAUACCUCAAGCUUCAAGCCCUCUGCUAGCACUUCAAGGCCAGUCCAAAGCAGCUACCAAUGGGUUGCUUCAUCCCAGCCUGUCCCAAGCACCUACCAGCAACGAGUGUCAGAGCAGCCUGUCCAAGCUGCUUCCCAGAGAGUAUCUUCAGCUCAACCUGUACAGAGCAGCUAUCAGUCUGGCCUUUUUUCCCCAAGUGUUGGCUAUGAUUCUAGUGCAGUGGGAUCAAGUGACUCUAGGGCAUACAGCUUUCAGGAGUCUACCUAUACCUCAAGCUUUCAGCCAUUGACUACGGUUUCCAAGCCUGCCCUGGGCACCUCUGUACAACAAGUCUCAGCCCAGCCUGUCCAGUCAGCAUAUCAACAGGUAGCUUCCACACAGCCUGUGUGGAGUAGUUCUCCACCUAGCUUUGUUUCCCCAAGUGUUGGCUUUGAUUCUAGUGCAGUGGGAUCAAGGGGCUCAAGGGCAUAUUCUUACACCACAAGCUUGAAGCCCUCUACUAGUGCUUCACAGCCUGUGCAAAGCACCUACCAGCAAGGAGCUUCAGAGCAGCCUGUCCAAACUGCUUCCCUGAGAGUAUCUUCAGCUCAGCCUGUACAGAGCAGCUAUCAGUCUGGCCUUUAUUCCCAAAAUGUUGGCUUUGAUUCUAGUGCAGCAAUGGGAACAGGCUCAAGGGUGGUGUUCUACCCAUCAAGCUUUAAGCCCUCCACCAGCACCUCUAAGCCUGUCCAAAGCAACAACCAGCAGGUAGCUUCAGCCCAGCCUGUGUGGAGUAGUUCUCCACCUAGCUUUGUUUCCCCAAGUGUUGGCUUUGAUUCUAGUGCAGUGGGAUCAAGUGGCUCAAGGGCAUUUUCUUACACCACAAGCUUUAAGCCCUCUGCUAGCGCUUCACAGCCUGUGCAAAGCUCCUUGCUGGUAGGUGCUUUGGAGCAGCCUGUCCAAACGGCUUCCCAGAGAGUAUCUUCAGCUCAGCCUGUACUGAGCAGCUAUCAGUCUGGCCUUUAUUCCCAAAAUGUUGGCUUUGAUUCUAGUGCAGGGACAGGCUCAGGGGGGUCCUUCUAUACCCCAAGCUUUAGCCCCCCCAACAGCAUUUCUAAGCCUGUCCCAAGCAGCUACCAGCAAGUAACUUCAUCCCAGCCAGUGCAGAGUAGUUAUCCAUCUGGAACCAGUGGGACUGGACUGGCAUCAAGUGACUCGAGGGCCUACAGCUCUUCAGGAUCUUCCUAUCCCUCAAGCCGUAACCCCCCUACUAGCAUUUCUAAGCCUGUUGAAAGCCCUUUCCAACAGUUAGCUUUGGCUCAGAGUAGCUAUCCACCUGAAGCUGCUUCCCAAAAUAUUAGAAUGGAUUCUUCUCUGACUGAUGUGGAAGAAAGCGUCUUGAGAAAUGACUACAGUUCUGAAGAUGCUACAUCUGGAUUAAACUACAGCCCUUUCACCAGCAUAUCUACACCUUCCCAAAGUACUUACCGACAGGUGACUGCAGCCCAGCCCGUUCAGAGCCGUUACCAAGAUGUGCCUUUUCCCCAAACCAGCUAUGGUGCUAGUUUGAGUGGUGUGACCUCAACCGGUUCAAGGAGUGUGUAUACCCCUUCAGACUCAGUGGCUUUGCCUGCCCAAGACAUGGCUCUUAGACCUGGCUUGACUCCAGUAUCUGCUCAAGGGUUCAGAUCACCAUAUUCCUAUGCUCAGGCUGUGAGUUCCCUAGACGACUCUGAACCCUCUGCUGGCUCUCCAAGAUUAACGUGGACACAAAAGACGCUGGAAUAGCUGAUAACUUCCACUCCAUGGUUGGAUUGUUGCAGCAGCUGAACCUUUUGAUUCAAAAAAAUUCUAAAUAAAUAUUUGCAACUA